AUGUACUCCGGCCGUGGCGGAGCAGGGAAUUUUCACCCCCUCAAAAACAGCACAAUAACCGCCACAAAUUCAAUAACAAGCGCGCGUACGCUCUCCUCCCGCCUCGGACUCAAUCCACGACAAUUGAUCCCAGGCGGCCGCGGAGGGCUUGGCAACUUCCACAGCACCACCGAGUAUGCGAUCUUCAGCUUCGACGAAGAGCUUGAACAACAAUUGAAACGAGAAAAGGAAGUUGCCCCCGUCUUCCAUAUCGGCCGAGGAGGAGCUGGCAAUAUGACUGCCGUCCCUGAUGCUCCUAUCGUGAACCUACCGAAGAAGCGGUGUGGGACUGUGAGCAUCGGAAGCUCGUCAAGCGACAGCUCAAGCGGCGGAAAGGUCAAGGAUUGGCCGCGACGGAAUCUAGAUUCAUGGAGGGGGACGCUGAAAGGGAUACCAUCUUAG